GGGAGAGUUAGUGACCAACAUUCAGAACAGAAAGAAGCACUAGGACUUUUUGAGACAACAAGAAGCAUGAAGGUUCAGCUGAAAAUCCUAGUUGCAGUGAUCUCCUGCGUUUUGCUCUCCUUGUUAAUUCUAUGCAUUGUGUUAAUUCCUGCAAAAGGAAAUGAAUAUCUUCAAGACUCUAAAGAUAAUGUCAUCCUUCACAAUGUUGAAUCAGGGCAGUCGACCAUUAUCUUGACAAAUAGCACCAUUAAAGAACUGAAUGUCACAAAUUAUGCAAUGUCUGCAGAUCAGAAAUUUAUAGUAUUGGAAAGCAACUAUUCUAAGCUUUGGAGGUAUUCUUACACAGCAUCCUAUCACAUUUAUGAUCUUGAAUUAGGCGUUUUUGUCAAAGAAUAUGAGCUACCACAUAAUAUUCAACAUAUCUCCUGGUCACCUGUUGGACAUAAAUUGGUUUUUAUUUACCAGAAUAAUAUCUAUUUCAAACAAAAUCCCAGAGAAGCUGCUAUUCAAAUAACCACAAAUGGUUACUGGAAUGAAAUAUUUAAUGGAAUUCCUGAUUGGGUUUAUGAAGAAGAAAUGUUUGGGGCAAAAUAUGCUAUGUGGUGGUCAUCAAAUGGCAAGAACAUAGCAUACAUAGAGUUCAAUGAUACUGAAAUCCCAGUUAUGGAAUACUCAUAUUAUGGUGAGAAUCAAUAUCCUAGAAAAAUAACUCUUCCAUAUCCAAAGGCUGGAGCUAAAAAUCCAACUGUUAGAGUGUUGAUUAUAGAUACGACAAAUCCUAGUGAUUUUGGACCAAAGGAAAUACUUGCACCACCAGUCAUAGCAUCAAGCGAUCACUAUGUCACUUGGAUUACCUGGGUAACAGAUGACAGAAUCUGUGUGCAGUGGUUGAAAAGGAUCCAGAACUUCUCCCUGUCAGCAAUCUGUGACUACAAUUACCACUCCAAAUCUUGGGAUUGCCCAGAGAACCGGCAACACGUAGAAGAGAGCCAUACAGGAUGGGCUGGUGGAUUCUUUGUUUCAGUACCCUAUUUCACUUCAGAUGACAUAUCCUACUACAAAAUUUUUAGUGACCAGAAUGGCUAUAAACACAUUCACUACAUCAAAGACUCAGUGGAAAAGGCAAUCCAGAUCACUAGUGGUGAGUGGGAGGCCAUAUAUAUAUAUAGAGUAACAGAUGAUGCAAUAUUUUAUUCAAGCAAUGAAUUUGAAGGUUACCCAGGAAGAAGAAACAUUUACAAAAUUGGAAGAAAUACUGUAACAAAGGAGUGCAUUACUUGUAAUUUACGAAAAGAAAGAUGCCAGUAUUAUGGAGCAAGAUUCAGUUAUAACGCCAACUAUUAUGCACUAAUCUGUUAUGGCCCAGGCAUCCCCAUUUCUACUAUAUAUGAUAACAGAUAUAACAAAGAAAUUAGAGUCUUAGAAGACAAUGCAAAUUUGGAGUCUGCUCUGCAAAAAAUCAGUUUACCAAUAGAGAAGAUUAACAAACUUGAAGUGGAUGGUCUAACUUUAUGGUACAAGAUGCUUCUACCUCCAAAGUUUGAUAGAUCCAAGAAAUAUCCUCUUCUUAUACAGGUAUAUGGGGGGCCUUGUAGCCAAAGGGUGAAGCAUACCUUCAGCAUUAGCUGGAUCAGCUAUCUUGCAAGCAAAGAAGACAUUGUAGUAGCACUUGUGGAUGGCAGAGGAACCGCUUUCCAAGGCGAUAAGAUGUUGCAUGCGGUCUAUCGAAAACUUGGGGUUUAUGAAGUUGAAGAUCAAAUCUCAGCUGUAAGAAAGUUUAUAGACAUGGGUUUUAUUGAUGAAAAACGAAUAGCCAUAUGGGGCUGGUCCUACGGUGGAUAUAUUUCAUCUCUGGCACUUGGGUCUGGUACUGGCAUGUUUAAGUGUGGAAUAGCUGUGGCUCCUGUUUCCAGCUGGGAAUAUUAUGCAUCCAUCUACACUGAACGAUUUAUGGGUCUUCCCACCAAAUCUGACAAUCUUGAGCAUUACAAA